AUGCCGUCCUCAACUAAUGUGGAGCCCGCCCCUGCUAAAUACCGAACGCCCAAAGAAUAUAUUGACAUUCUGGAGGCAUACGUUGACCAAGAUUUGAUCCUGGAAAAACAACAGACCACACAGCUUAUACAGAAGAUCAACGUGGUGAUGGCCCAGAUCCAGGAGCUUACAAACGAGAAGAACCAGAUCAUUCGCGAGAAACGCAAGAUACAGAGUCUGAUAGGUGAUCUUAAGGCAAACUACGAGAAUCUGGACAAAACGCUGGUGAUAAAGAACAAAAGUAUAGACAACGAGGUGCGACACAACAAAAAACUCUUGGAAGUGAAGAAAAAGGAGCUCGACGAGAAAUCGCGCGAAAAAGUGCGGGAGGUAGAGCUUCAGAUACACGAAAUGAUGCAGACCACACUACGGGAUGAGGAGGAGGAUCGUGUACGGGUACAGGAGCUGCGAAAAUUAGAGAUACAGAAUACAGAGCUAGAGGAGGAAUUGCGACGGUUGCAGGCAGAUAACAAGCGCAAACUUAACGAUGUGCUGUCAGAGGUGGACACUGAAAUAAGGGCGAAGAAUAAGCGGAAGGAACAGGAUUUAUGUGAGCCGCGGCGGGCGGUUCUUGAGCUGAGAACUAAGUUGGGACGAGCCAAAGACGAAUUGUCGAAAAAGGAGGAAUCGUUGAAAAAGCUGGACUGCACAAUCGAAAAACAUAAGGCUGCUCUUGACAGAAUGCAAAAUUACAAAGGAACGCUGGAUGAGCAGAUGUUGGCGCUCGAGACACAGAAAAACGAGCUGGUUUCGAAACUAAAGGCAGUGAGCGCGAAAGUGGAGCUCUUCAUUGAGACAGACUAUACAACUGCGCAAGAAGAAUACUCUGUGAUCCAAGAGAAAGUGAACAGCGAGAGACUCACGCGUCUCAAAAUAGAAGAUGAGAUAAUGGAACACCAAGGCAGGCUCCGGGUCAUGGUGGAGCCACAAGCGCAGGUACCAGAUAAAUUGGCCGGCUGCAUGACUGACUUUUUGGAGGACCGGGUGUGCGUGUUUGUCGAGUCCGCACUGAUGGGGGUUAACUAUAUAGUCCUCGUGAUCCAGUCGCAAAAGGACUAUUUUCGGAUCAUUCAGGAGCAUUUGGAGAAACGCAGGAAUACGCAACGAUAUCAGAACUGGCAGAUUGAAAUUUGCGAGCCCGUGACGAGCCACAUGGCAGAGCGAGAACUACAGGUGACGAGUUUCAAUGCCAACACGAAAAAGAGACUUGCGGCUAGCAUCAUCUGCGUUGCGUUGGACGGGAGCAGCAUUUCUGCCCAAACACGCGAACUCUGCGAGAGCAGAAAAACAAUGGUAAUCUGGGGACACAAAGAUAAGGAUGAGACUGCUUGUGCGUUUUGGCAGCAGCUGGGGACGUUACAGACGGCCAGACGAGAUGCUACACAGAUGUAG